AUGCAAAUUUAUCGACAUUUAAGUAAUUUAUAUUUAGAUAUAGAUGCUUUAGGUACCACUGAUGACAAAAGAGUAGCUACUAAAAUUUAUUUGGAUGAUUGUACUUUUAAAGAUCAAAGAAUUUCAUCAAUCGGAAACUCAAUACCAACAGCAACAGAACAUUUGAGUAUUGCAGUUACCGAUACUUCAAAUUUACUUUUUAUUCCAUUCUCUUCUUUAAAAUAUUUGAAAAUAUUUAUUCUUGCAUAUAAAAAUAUUGAACAAUAUUUCCCAAAAAUAGAAAAUGACCUCUCAACUUCAGAUGAAACAAAUUUCUAUAAUGUAAUAAUAGAUUCAAAUGAAAUCCCAUCAUUUUUAAAUAUGAAAAUACAAAAUUUGGAAUUAUCAUUAAAAAUUUACAAUACAAUUCCAUCUUUUGACAACUUAGAUACCCUAGAAAGUGUCGAUUCAUUCAAUUUUAUUUUUAAUGGUGAAAUAGAAUACCCUAAUGCCUUAGGUUCACCAAAUAAUAAAAUUAGAGUGUUAGAUUUAAAAGGCUUAUUUAGUCCACCUUCACAAGCUUUAACCCUUCCAAGUGAUAUUGAAGAGUUUACAAUUUCCAACUCUCCAUCAUUUAAUAACAAAGGUUUAUUCCCAUUUGCAUCACUCUCAAAUAUUUUAACCAAGAUUUCAAUUGGAAAUCUUGGUUUAACUAAAUAUCCGAUGGAUUUAAUUCCCCCAACUGUUAAAACUAUAAUUUUAUAUCAAAAUAACAUAGGAUCUCCAUUACCAGAUAUAGAAAAGUUUUAUAAACUUAGUUCAUUUUCUUUAACCAAUUCGAAAAUGAUUGGAUCAAUUCCAGAGAAUUACUGUAAAUUAGAUUUUUUACUAUUAGAAAAUAACAACUUGGAAGGUGAAUGGAAUCAAUGUUUUGCUUGCUAUCAAGAACAUUACAGUGAUUCUUCUUUUAGUGGUAACCCAAAACUAAUUAAAAAUGAUUGCAAACCAGGAUCAAUUGUACCAUAUAUAACAUAUAAUCAAGAUAACUAUAUUUUAAGUUUAAGAGGAAAAAAUCUUGGUAUAGAUACACCAGUUAUUAAAGAAAAUCUUUCAAUAAAACUGGAAACUAUUGUACCUCAGAGUCAUUUUGAAGUUUUUUGGGACCCAAGGGUAUAUGGAGUUUUACCAAAUAUUAUUAAUGUUAUGCUAGGCAAUCAUGAAUUUAUUUUGGCAACCUCGCCAUUAGUACCAGAAAUAUUAAGUAUAACGAAAUCAGGAAAUCAGUUUGUUUUUAAAGGAAUACAGUUUUCAUAUGAUUUAGAUGAUAUCAUAAUUAAAAUUUCUGGAGUAAAGUGCUCAAAUACAUACAUAGAUUUUAAUACCCUCAAUUGUCAAUUUUCAGCAACGGAUCAAUUAAAAAUAGGUCAAGAUAUUCCCUCGACUAUCCAAAACAUCAAACUAACAACCAUAUCUAUGUUUACAGUAAAUACAGCUCAAGAUAAAACAACAAUUAUUAAAACCUGUAGUUCUUGUAAUGAGGGCUCUGGCAAUGGUUUAUGCUCAAGUACAACUGGUAAAUGUAUAUGUAGCCAAUACUAUACAGGAGAAUCCUGUAAUUUACCAAAUCAAUUUUUAACAUCAGCUUCAUCAGCAUUGUCAUCGGGCGGUUUAGUUAAUUUAUAUGGUUGGUUUGGAUCACCAAAUGAAGGUUUGACAAUUACAAUUGGUUCUUUAAAUUGUCAAAUACAUUAUUAUAAUACAACUUUUGCAAAUUGUACUAUUGGUGCAGGAUCAGGUACUAAAUCAAUAAAGAUUAUUCAAAACAAUCAAGAAUGGAUUGGUGAAAAUAUGUUCCACUAUACAGAAACAACAUAUAGAUGUCCAAAAGACUGUUCUUUAAAUGGAGUUGCAAAUGGUGAAUGCAAUAGCUCUUCAGGUCAAUGUAAAUGUUUUAUUGGUUGGGGUGGGUAUGACUGUAAUUCAAAAUCGACAACUGGAGGUUCGACAUCAACUAGUUCGGGAUCAUCUACACCAACACCAACAAAAUCACCAGAAAUUGAAAUCCCUGAAUCAAAUACAACCAUCAAUAAUGGUUCAAGUUCUAUUAGCAAUCAACAAACAACUUACGAAAUAUCAAUUUUAUCACUAAUUGAAUAUGAUGUCACUGAUGCAAUAGUUAUUACACAUAACCUAACUAACAAAUGGAUCAGCAUAGGAGAUACUGAUAAGAACAUUCAUAAAUUCAAUCAAAAUAUUUCAGAAACAUGCAGAAUAACAUAUAUUAUUGAAGAUAUCAAAGAAUCGAGAGAUUAUGAAUUUGCAGGUUUACAAUUAACUUUAGAAAAAGAUUCAAUUAAAAUAACAGUAAACAUUGAAAACUAUCCAUUUACAAGUGUAUUAAAUAAAUUACAACUCAGAUUAGAAUCUAUAGUAGGUGAUAAUGGUGCAAAUAUUGAAAAUAAUCAAUGCAACAAUAAAGAAACGUCUAUCAAUAAAGACUUAUUAGAUAAUAAUCAAUUAUUAAACUAUAUUACAAUUUCAAAAAAUGAAAAAGUAUUAUAUGGUAGAUUUAUAAACAGAGUAUUAAGUGAUCACAGACAAUCAUUUAUUACAACAUCAUUAAUUUCAAAUACCACAACAACAUCAGCAAAUAAAGAAUCAUUUAUUAUUGGAUUAAAUUUACCAUUUUUCACAGAAUCAUUAAGCAUCGAUCCUGAUUUUUCAGUACUAGUAUCCCCAUCGUUCAAGAAAUGCAAAUCAAAUGAUCGUGCAAAGUGGGUUUUACCUGUUGCCAUUGUUGUACCUUGUGUUGCUGUUGCCACCAUUAUAAUAAUAAGUGCCAUUAUUUACAAAAAAAAUCGUACCACAGUUUUAUUGGUUAAAAAUAAAUUCAAACUAAGGGCAUUACCAAAAAAAGAAUAA